CCCGCAGGCACACUCUACAAGGAACUGAAAAAAAAUAAUUGAUGACCGGGGGGGGGGGGUUUAUUUUUUCAGGAUGGAACUUUUCGAAAGUGCCGAAUAAAGCAAACAGUUCUCUAAUCAGAGUAAAGUCUGGUAUACUGUGACAUUUAGCGCCUUUUUUCUACUUUAGCGAUGGGCCUAACUGCAGGCACAUUCCCAACUGUACAGUAAUAAUAAUAAUGAGUGAACCGGGGCUUCUCAUUGGCCCGGGCAGCAGCCAAUGGAAAGGCAGGAAAUGAGUCACAGGUCUGUCCGCACUCACCUGAUACUUUACCUGACGGCGCUCAGAACCAGCGUCUCAUUACCUUUCCAAUACAGUCUAUAACUGAGGCUCUUUGUGUCCUGUAAAGUCCAGCAGUCAAGGUGUUCCUCUGUAUUUGGGCUCAGCAACACAAAGAUAAGGAGCAAUGGCUGUGGCUAACUUCCAAUACAUAACUCGGAUGAGCAGUGGCUUCAAGGUCUACAUUUUAGAAGGUCAGCCUCAUCUCAGAAGCGAAGACAGAUACAGACAUAUGACACACGACCGGGCUCGAACCCAAACGGUGUAUCCAAUCAAACGCAAGCGCAGCCACGAGAGAGGUCUGACUUUGGAGGAAAGACGAGAGCGAGCGAUGAGCCGAAGCAGGCUGGCCCAGAGAGCAGCCCCAGCAGUGUUCAGCAGCCAGCAGAGUCCAACACAAACCCUGAGUCCAACACCCAGCCCCACCAGCCCUCUGCCCACCCAUGUGUACUACACACCAGUCAUGGAUGAACCCCUUGCCCUCAUCAAGAAACCCAGAAAAGAAACUGAAAGCGCAGAGGAAAAGAAUAAAGGCACCUCUUCCAGUCAAAUCCAGAUACGUCCCUCUGUGAUCACUUGCGCCUCCUCGUUACGAAACCCCUCUUCAAGAUCCGUGGGCCACUCAUCAGUGGUUCCCAAAGACAACUAUGAUAACGUCCUCGAGGAGCAUUUCCAGAGGAGCUUGGGUGUUCACUACCAGAAAGCUCAGUCCCAGCAGCUCUCCAUCAGCGUGUCCGUCGACGACCACUUUGCCAAGGCUUUGGGAGACAAGUGGCUACAGAUUAAAUCCAAGUCUUCCUCCUGUUCUUCCACACCGCCCAGCAGUCCAAGUGUCACUCACUCCCCCACCUACAGCCACAGCCCAAAUCUGUGCCGCAAAGAGUCCACAAGCAGCUCAGUGCUAACGCCCAGCCACUGGUCUGUCAAUUAAAGUAGAAAUGGCAUCUGAUCCUGGUGGAAACUGGACUCUUUGAGACUUUUAACAUUUCACUGCCACUCUGCAGACGGCUCUGCUGUCUGUCUGGCUGCAAAUGCCAGUGCAGGAGUUGACAGAGCGAGCUUACAGAUGCAGGAGUGCUGUCAAUUUGGAUCUCCGCGUCUACAAGCUUAAUACAGCAACACAAACAAAUGUAGCAUUAUUUGGGACAUCGACAUAUUUUGUUACAUUUCUAUCCUCCGCUUGCUUGAUAGCAUUUGAAAAGCUGAGAUAAUGUAGAUGGUGAUGUGGGAUGAUUGGGGAAAAAAUCCUUUACAUUUCUUUUUGUAAAUGUGUCAUUUCUCUGAAUGCCAGUUACACUGUAUUAUAUUUAUAAUCUGAUACCCCUGGGUGCUUUACAGUCUAAGUGACUAGCCUAUCUGCUGUAAAAUGUGCUUUUAAACUGUACACAAACCAGACAAUUAAAAAAACCUAA